GCAGAGACUCAGGGAUCCUGAGCUGUGGAGCUACGCCGUAAUGGACCCGAGCGCUCAGGCUCUGGAGCUUUUGGGGGUUGUGUUGGCCGGGGGGGCCUGGCUGUGCUCGUUGGCUACUACGAUGUUGACCUCGUGGCUCACGCUGUCUACGGAGCUGCUGCCUACAGAGUUUUAUGAGCUGGGCCUGUGGGAGACCUGCGUGAUCCAGGAGCAUGGGGGGCUAGAGUGUCGACCGUAUGACGGCCUCCUAGGCCUCCCCCCCAACAUCAAGCUGGCCCGGAUCUUCAUGGUGCUGACGCUGGGGGCGGGGCUGCUGGGGCUCCUGCUGGCCAUCCCCGGCCUGCACGUCAUCUCUUGCUGUUCUGAUCUGCCGGACAUCCGUCGCCGCAAGAGGGCGAUGAAGGCAGCAGGGGGGGCGCUGUGCUUGGUGGCGGGCGUGCUGGGGCUGGUCCCGGUCUCAUACAUAGCCCACCUCGCUGUCCUGAACUUCCAUGAUGAGACGAUGCCAGAGAUGGUGCCCCGCUGGGAGUUUGGGGAUGCUCUGUUUUGCGGCUGGGCAGGGGGAGUCCUGCACCUGAUUGGAGGGGUGUUGCUGAUCACUUCCUGUUUGUGCCAGCAGAGGGAGACCCUUGACCCACCUGAAUACUUCAGCCAAGUCAGGGUGCGGCCAGGACAGUCUUCCUUCAGGAGCAAAACCGAGUAUGUCUAAAACCAUCAGAGACCUGAAGGACUCGACAUUUAUCAGAGACUUGUUCACCAUCAGAGUCUGGCUUUAAGACUUCGUAAUCAUCUAAAUCCUAAAACCCAUUAGAGACUAGACUCAGUUUUCAUGAUUGAUUAGAUCCCGACCAGAGAUUUGACUUUUCCCCAUCAGACACUCAAUCCUCCUUGGAGCUCUGAUCCCGAUCUGAGACUUGUUAACCAUCAGAGACUCGAUCCUAUCUAGAAAUACACUCUUUGUCAGAGCCUCCAUCUUUAUCUGAGACUUGCCCACCAUCAAAGACUUGAUCACCUCAGAGACUCAUCCACUAUCAAUGACUUGUUCACCACCAAAGACCCUUCAUUCUCAGAGACUUGGAUGAGAUCCCCCUCAAAGACUCGCCCACCAUCAAGGACUUGGUCAUUAUCAGAGACUAAAUCCCCUAAAGGAAUUGGAACCCCAUCAGAGACUCGUUCACCAUCAGAGACUUGUUCGCUACCAGAGACUUAAUUUUCAUUAGGGGCUUGCUCCUUUUUGACCCCCAUUAAAGACUUGCUCCCCUGUGAGGACUUGGACUUGGUUUGGAUGACUAGGUAGGACUCCAGUGUUUUCCUUGCUGAGGCUCUGCGUAACAGAUGCUGCUUUUUAUGCUGUGUUCGAGUUACCUCGGAGGUCAGAUAUUGGAGCUAAGAACGACGUCACACUGGAGUUCCCAGUGUUUCAGUUACCAAGUCGGAAAAAAGCAAAAUUGGAGGCCUGAAACAAGAUGGCUACAUCUACGAAUGUUUUUAUUAGCACUUACCUUAUAUUCGGACAAGGCAAGAUGUAGCCAUCUUGUUUCAGGCCUCCGAUUUUGCUUUUUCAACUUGGUAACUGAAACACUGGGAACUCCGGUGUGAUGUCGUUCUCAGCUGCGACAUCUGACUUCCAAGGUAACGCGAACGCACCAUUAGACUUUGUGAUUCAGAAGCUCAGAGAGACAGUCUGCAUUUUAUUUUGAAAGGACAGUCUGAGUUGCGGCAGAGAUCCUUUAUUUGUGAGGUUUUUAAGAUGCUCUAUUUUUCUGUUUUUCUGUAGAACCAAAGAGUGGAACCGUCUGAGGAUGUUGAUGUCUGAUGUAUUAAAUAAGCAUUUUAUCUCGAAAGUAUUUUACAGAUCACUCAGACGUUCAGAUGAUCGCUGAAGGAGCUUUAAACUUUCUCACAGCUGAGCCACGCCUCAGUAUGUUUAAAAAUCUGAUUGUAUUCACACCUGUGUUUUUAUAAUCACUGAUUCAAUCACACAGACUUGAUUGUUGUUAUCGUUUGAUCCUUUACAUCCCAAGCACGUGAUCAUCAGAAAUAAAACUCUGAAGAAUCAAAC